CUGUUGCAACGUCAAACUUCGUCCCCCUUGUCGUGCCAUGCGCAUUGACGCUUGUUGUUGUGGCGGUGGAGCACCUUGUUAUGGCUAGAAGAGGCCUCGGACCUGACUGAGAGAGGCUUCCCCCCACCCCUUACCCCGCCCUCCUCCCCCGCCACCCUCAUGGAGGGCACGGACAUGGACGUGGACGCGGAGCUCAUGCAGAAGUUUAGCUGCAUGGGCACCACGGACAAGGACGUCCUCAUCACGGAGUUCCAGAGGCUACUGGGCUUCCAGCUCAACCCUGCCGGCUGCGCCUUCUUCCUGGACAUGACCAACUGGAACCUUCAGGCUGCCAUAGGCGCAUAUUAUGACUUUGAAAGUCCCAGCAUCAACACACCAUCCAUGUCGUUUGUGGAAGAUGUGACGAUUGGAGAAGGCGAAUCGGUCCCGCCGGACACGCCCUUCACAAAGACCUGGAGGAUACAGAACUCGGGCGUGGAGUCAUGGCCGCCGGGCGUGUGCCUCAAGUACAUCGGCGGCGACCAGUUCGGUCACAUCAACACGGUCAUGGUGAAGUCUCUUGAGCCUCAAGAAGUGGCCGACGUCAGUGUGCAGAUGAGGAGUCCCUCCUCGCCCGGCAUGUACCAAGGCCAGUGGAGGAUGUGCACCGCCGCCGGCUUGUUCUACGGAGAUGUGAUCUGGGUGAUCCUGAGCGUGGAAGUGGGCGGCCUCCUGGGCGUCACGCAACAGCUGUCGUCCUUCGAGACAGAGUUCAACACGCAGCCUCAGCGUGACUUGCAGGGCGACUUCAACCCCUUCGCCUCGCCGCAGAAGAACAAGAGAGACUCUGACGGCAGUGAAGGCUGCACCGAGAACACCGCGACUCAUAAUAUCGCCAACAGGACGUCCAAUGGCCUGCAGACCAAUCUGACGUCUGUCACACGUGGACAGGGUGUUCAUGGACCAUAUCCUUUUGGACAGAGCUAGAAUGGCUCUCACCUCUGGGAGUCCUCAAAGGGGAGCGCCGGAAGAACUGUUGUUUUCCAACAACUCUCCACAAAUGCCCCCUUCGCCCGCGGACGGCGGCGGUGGCCAAACGUCCUGCCCGCACGCGUCCGCGCUUGUUCCAGAUAGAUUUUUUUCUUUUUUUUUCUUUGUUAUUUCAAGCAUCCGGGUCAUCUGCACACCGCACACUCUGGCCAUCGCUCGGACGUCCUGACACGAUUUCGGCCUUGAGAAGGCCGCGCGUUCACCUGGAUUCCCUUCAUGCUCACGUAUCCGAUUAGUUCAAGGCUUACCUUACUUCACCUUUCCCGGCCGUCGAUUGCAUCUUAAAUCCCCUCGUAGGCAAACUCUCUCAAAGACAAAAGUGCAUCUGGUCUCACGGAGGGGCCGGGCUGCGGCAUCAUGGGACAAUGUGCGAGUGCCAUUGUUUGUUUUUAGGGUGGGCUUUCCAAAGCGUGCCGAUGUCAUGAGAAAGGUUUGAAAAAGCCAUGUGGGGAAAAAAAUAUAUAUAUUUUGCCUGGUGAGUGGUUGAAUUUUUCCACAUUCGUGUGUUUUUGCUCAGUGUGUGCAUUUGUGCGUGCAUGCGUGUUGCAUUUAAGUGACAAAAGAAAGGGUGUGUGCUUGUGUACCAUUUGAAGAAUGCUCCAAACCUGCUCAUGAAUCAUCCACGUUAUUUAUUUGUACUCUUGGUCAGCAGAUGGUGCUAAAAAUCAAACUAAAAUCUCAAGUGCGUGCGUGCGUUCCAAAAAGGUGACGCCGAUUCCGCUUUGAGGGGGAUUCGGCGCUCAAGUUCUGUUACUGCUGUUUGCACAAACAUGAUUUCCAAUGGCUAAUGGUGAUUUUUUUAAAAAUGAUUUUUAGGGGACGUUGGGGGGGCUUGUGGAACGCAACGCAGCGCAUCUUCAUCCCACCCCGGCCUCCCCAAAAGGUUUGUAUUGUUCACAGCUUUAAGGAGGUUUAACACGCACCAAAUGGUCCUCACUAAAGUGACUUUUAUCAUCGUUCUGUCAGAGGCUUGGAAAGUGUAUUUUUGAAUGGAGAAUAAAAUGGGAAAAGUUGUCA